AAGAACUCUUCAUUGAUCGGGACGGUACGAUCUUUGUUCACAUUCUGGACUUCUUACGUACCUCCACCCUUCCGAAUUUAUCUCUUCCGGUAUUAAGAAAACUGGAGAUUGAAGCCAAAUUUUACGAAAUCAAGCCCUUGCAGACUUUCGUCGCGCAAAGGAUUCAAGAGUACGUCGGUGCUCCUAAAUUCAAGAUCAUCCCGAUUAGAAAUUUCAAAGAUGAUGAAUGGCCCCAAUUCUUCAUCAACAACGACAUGUCGAAUUCCCUCUGUGUACAAUAUGGCUAUCAAUCGAGAGAGGAAAGUGUGAAAAUGGAAAUCAAACAUGAUGAUGUUGUUGUUGGCGAAAAAGCUACGCCAAAACGUCUUUCCCCUAUUCCAACUAGAUUUUUGUCGAUUGUGAGCGAUAGCGCUGAUGAUGAUACAUUGAUCUCGUCCUCUUCGGUAGAAGUUCCUAUCAUUUAUCAUAAUCCAAACAUCCGGAAUCUUGAUAAUCUAGAAAAUGGUGGAAAUGAUUAUGAUGGCUUUCGAGAUGGUUUUGGAUCAAGCAAAUCCAUGCACCUGGAACCACAUAUGUCACUGAGAAACAGUUUGGAUUUAAAUAAAUAUCUUCCAGAUGGUGAGAUACCAAUAAUCUUAAAAAAUGACAAAGAAUGGAAAAGGGAUGAAGAGGAUAGCAGAAGUGAGGAUCAGAUAACUCCGGAAUACGAAUUUGUCACCAUUACGACAAUGCCUGUCGACAAAAUUAACUCAUCGAGACAUACGAGAGAUUCCUCUUACUAUGAUUCCACGAUGUAUGAAU